AUGGCUUCACACAUUGCCCUGCCAGGCGCUGCGCGUCCUCGCCAACGGUAUCGUGUGAAUGGGUCCAAUUGGCGAUGGAUUAAGAAGGGUUUUACGUUACUGUUUGCGUUUGUCGUUGCUACUUUUUUACUUUACCGCUUAAUCUUUAAUGAUAGUGUUUGGAGACCAUACGGACCGAUAUUAGAGGAUACGAGAGUCACACCUGCGAAUAUUUCCUCUGGCGAUCGAAAGUUUGUUAUUGUACUUCCCGUCGACGACUCGAGUCCCGAUCUAUGUAAAGUCGUCAGCAGCGCAGUCGCUUUGGGGUACCCAGCCCCUGUUAUCGUCAAUUGGAAGAAAGACUUUCACACCGACGCCGAUGGCAUUGGUCCUUCACAACUGGGCAAGAUCACUGGAACACUCAACUACCUAGAAUGGGCUACUGGCGAUGAGGUCUCUGAAGACGAAAAGCUAGGGGAGGACGAUCUGGUGCUGAUGCUCGACGCCCACGAUAUUUGGCUACAACUACCACCCAGCGUUCUCCUAAACCGGUACUACGCCAGCAAUGAACGAGCGAACAAGCGCAUUGUAGAGGAGUACGGUUUCUUCGACAAGGACCUCAUGCAGCAGACCAUCAUUGCCGCCGCGCAAAAAGGCUGCAUCGCCCCACGCGACAAGAUCUCGAACCUCUACUGCCACGACAUUCCCGACAGCACACUUCCCGAGAAUGUGUUUGGCUUCUUGACAGACUUUAGCAUCGGACGAUACAAAUACGUGCGACCCAAAUAUGUCAACAGUGGAAGCUUCAUGGGCCCUGCAGGCGACAUGCGACGAUACUUCCAACGCGUCAAAGAUCGCAUGGACCAGGACCUUCUUGAGGUGAGGUCCGCUGAGGAUCUUGCUGGUGAUCAAGGAAUCUUUGCCGAGGUUUUCGGCGAGCAGGAACUUUGGCGCCAGCAUAUUCACGAAGACGACUUUGCCGCCGAUAACCCCGGUAAGGAGGCAGCCAUGUCGGCACGAGACGAAUUCGAGUACCAUGUCGGCCUGGACUACGCGCAAGAGCUUUUCUACCCAACUUGCUACUCCGAAACUGGCGGAUACUUUGUUUCUCUCGACGACGCUUCUUCCAUCUCCGAACACUCGAGCAAAGCAGGCGUUUCGCCCCCACGCAUCGGCGGUGUUCCCAACGACAUUGCCGUCGCAGAAGCUCCCCUCGCUCAAUUAGACAACGACGGCUCGUGGGGCGACGUCUCACUCUACGUCGACUUCUGGACAACAUCUGUACCCGUCGCAAUCCACCACAACGCCUGGCGCGACGGUCUCAAGAGCCGAAGAACAGAAUGGUGGGAUAAGACGUGGUACUUUCCCCACCUGCGCAACCUGUUGGAGGCGCACAUGAGCGCAAACAACACGGCGCCGUUAGCGAGCAUUGCCGAUACUUUGAACGUGUGGUCCUACAGCGCAAAGGACAAGGGAAGCGCUUCGUUGCUGUUUGGCAAGAACAAGGAAUCCAAGGCAUGGCAGCUACGAGCUACGGACUGGAAUACUGUUUGUCAAGCGAACAAUGAGGAGACGCAUUGGUAUGACGAAGUUUUCCGAGAUGGAAAGGGUUUACUAUAG